CUUCAUCAUCAUCAUCAUCCUCAACAUCAGCAUCAUCAGCAGCAGCAGCAGCAUCUUCCCGCUCAGCAGCCGCUCCCCUAUCUGUCCUCCCCUCUCGAGUUUCAGAUCCCGCUCGGUUCCUACAACGCAACGACGCCCACAGCAGGAGUGGAGCCCGGGACGAUGGGCGGGCCUUCACCUGUGGAUCCAUCAUACACUAACCCCAGAAACCCCCUGCUCUCCUCAGACGGGAUCACCCCUCCCUCUCAGAGCUGUGCGGUCAGUAAUCCUCCCGAUAUGUCUGGCUGGAAUCCUUUCGGAGAAGACAACUUCUCCAAGCUGACGGAGGAAGAGCUGAUCGACCGGGAGUUUGACCUCCUCAGAGCAAAAAAACCCGUGGAGAGAACAGCCAGCGUGGAAACGGAGCGACCGCCUCCUCACACUGCUGCUGCUGCUGCUGCUGCUGCUGCUUCCUCCGUCAGCUCCGUCAGCGCCGCCGCGGACCUGUUCGGCUCGGUCCCGUUUGUGGCCAGCGCAGGUACCAACGUUAUAACCACUGAGACCAAAGAGGAAGUCGACGCUCCUGCUCCCGUCUCGAUCCCCCCCGUUGACGACCUGCAGCCGCCGGUUGCCAAGGAGCCCAAACCGGCCAGGAGGAGCCACUGCAGAGCGGGCGAAGACUCCGACAGCGACUUCGAAUCCGACCCUCCUUCGCCGAAAAGCAGCGAGGACGAAGAACAAGAGGAGGACGAAGGCUUGAACAGCGAGCACGGCGACGACACGGAACCGGAGAACAUCGGGCAGCGACCUCUACUCAUGGACUCCGAGGAAGACGAGGACGAAGAGAAGCACAGCUCGGAUUCGGAUUACGACCCAAACAGAGUUAAAACCCGCUCGAAGAAGCAAUCAGGCGGUAAAGGAGCCGCCGCCGCCGCCGCCGCUGCUGCCGUCACCCCUAGCAACAGCCCUCGAGCAGAGUCCGACAUGACGCUCAUCACUCCUCCUGCGUCGCCCAGCAGGAUGAGAUCCGCUCCAGCGCAGGACGCCAUCGACGUUUUCGGCGCCGUCCCCUUCCUCAAAGGAGACGACGCCUCUCCCGCCGAGAGCUCGGACAUCUUCGCCAAAGCGCCGUUCAGGCAGGUGAGCCAAGAGCGCCAACCGCUGGACGAGUUCGACGUCUUCACCAAAGCGCCGUUCAGUCGGAACCUCUCGAAACCGGGCAAAGGUAGCGGAGACGUUCCCAUGGGGCAAACGCCGCCCGUCUCCCCCGAGAGCUUUGACAUUUUCGGGUUCUCCCCGUUCCACCCGGGUCCGACCGAUCCGCCGCCGCCGACAACGUCCCGAAGCGCCGAGGACAUCUUCCGACCGCCUCACGAGGAGUCGGCGAGUCCUCAGCAGCAGCGGUUGAAGCAGCGCAGCCUCCAGAAGCUGUCGUCGCGGCAACGCAAAACCAAGCAGGAGGCGACGGGAAGCGGCGGGAGCGGCGGCAGCAACGGGAAGCGUCAUCACGGUACGCCGACGGGCGGGCGCAAGAGCAACAAGCCUACCUACCGCACGCCGGAGCGAGUCCGCAGGCACAAGAAGGUCGGACGGAGAGACUCGCAGAGCAGCAACGAGUUCCUGAGCACGUCGGACUCCAAGGAGAACAUCAGCGUCGACAUCACGAUGGCCGACGGGAACGAGAAAGGCGCCUCGCUGCCGGUAGACGAGGCGCUUCUAGACCCUUUCGGAGCCAAACCGUUCCAACCUCCGGACGGCAGGAAGCUCUCCGAAAGCAAAGGGGAGGUGUUGGUGAUGGCGGCUAACGGGAAGACGUGGAGCGGAGUCGGAACCGGAGUCGGAGUCGGAGGAGGCGGAGCUCUAGAUGAAAGCAAACCGAUGGAUGAUUUCGGGGCGGUGCCUUUCACAGAACUGGUGAUCCACAGCGGACCUCAGCAGCAGCAGCAACAGGAAGUGAUGCAACAGCAGCAGCAGCCGUUGCCGUUGUCGGGUCUGUUGCCGUUGUCGGGUCUGUUGCCGUCGGUGCAGCCGGUGGAGCUCGAUCCUUUCGGAGCGGCUCCGUUCCCCACGAAGCAGUAACUCUUUAUUUUAGCGUCUUCCUCCGACUCUGUUAGAAGUUUAGAAGUUAAAACAAACCGCUGAGCUUUUCUUCUUCUUCUCUUUCUUUUUUUCGGUUUGGGAAUCAAUCAAGUCAAUUUGGACGACGAAGCUAACAGCUAACAAACUGUUCCUUCUUUCCUUCCUUCCUUCCUUCCUUCCAUCUGUCCUUCCUCCCUCUCUCAUUCUCUUUCUUUCCUCCCCAUUACCUUCCUUACUUCCCACCCUUCCUUUCUUCCUCCUUCCUCCCUCCCUCCUUUC